GUUAAUGGGUACGAAGUACAUCACCAGAUUUAUCAGUUGCUUGGAAUUGUGGUAACGUAUAACAUCGUAUUAUGCAAAUCAUAUUGAUAGAAUCGAUUUGAAAAUGAAGAACGGAAAUCAAAUAACCGCGGAAUCUUUAAAAGAUCAAGGUGUCGAGUAUGCUUUUGGUAUAAUGGGACAUCCUGUAAUUGAACUAGCACUAUCCAUACAGAUGGCGGGGAUUCAAUAUCUUGGAUUUAGAAAUGAGCAGGCUGCAUGCUAUGCUGCGCAAGCUUACGGAUAUUUAACGAGAAAACCAGCCGUCGUACUGUGCGUUUCUGGACCAGGAUUGCUUCAUGUUAUCGGUGGUAUGGCGAACGCUCAAAUAAAUUGCUGGCCGCUCAUAGUACUUGGUGGAUCAUGUGCUCAAGAUCAUGAGGGCGUCGGGGGUUUUCAGGAAUGGCCGCAGGUAGAAUCCAGUAAACCCUAUUGUAAAUAUGCUGCCCGGCCGCCGUGUGCAGCGGUAAUACCGCUUCAUGUGGAAAAGGCCGUCCGACUUUCUACCUACGGUCGACCAGGUGCUACGUACCUGGAUUUACCAGCUACUUUAUUAAUUCAAUCAAUCAACAAAGAAAACAUUUAUAAAGUUGCAUCAUGUCCACCACCGCCACUGAUAUUUCCCGAUCAACGAUUAGUCCAACAAGCAGCUAAUUUGCUUAUGAGAGCAAGGAAACCAUUGUUGAUUAUAGGAAAAGGAGCAGCCUAUGGAAGAGCAGAGAAUGAAGUCCGUAAUAUGGUAUAUUUAACCGGUAUUCCUUUCCUCCCGAUGCCGAUGGGAAAAGGAGUCGUUCCAGACACGAAUGAACGAUGCGUUUCUAGUGCUAGAACAUUUGCAUUACAACAAAGCGAUGUCAUUUUAUUACUAGGUGCUAGAUUAAAUUGGAUGUUACACUUUGGCAAGCCACCUCGUUUCCAGCCUGAUGUUAAAAUGAUACAGGUCGAUUUGUGUCCAGAGGAACUGCACAAUUCUGUUCCUUCCGCAAUCGCAAUUCAAUCUGAUAUAUCUACAACUGUAGAUAGUCUUGUUACCAUUUUGAAAGAACGUAAAUGGUUUGUUGAAGAAAAUAGUCCAUGGUGGAAAGAUUUACUAGCCAAAUCAAAUAAAAAUAGAGCUAUAAUUCAAAAAAUGUCAAUGGAUGUUUCGGUACCGUUAAAUUAUUAUGCCGUUUUUAAACAUAUUCAAGAUAUAAUUCCAUCUGAUUGUAUUAUUUGCUCAGAAGGAGCUAAUACAAUGGACAUAGGAAAAACGAUUUUAUUAAAUAAUCAACCCCGUCACAGACUAGAUGCUGCUACCUUUGGUACAAUGGGAGUCGGUUUGGGGUUUGCUAUAGCAGCUGCCCUUUAUUGUAAAAAAAAUGCUUCCACAAAAAGAGUUAUUUGUGUAGAAGGAGACAGUGCAUUUGGAUUUUCUGGCAUGGAAAUUGAAACAAUGUUUAGGUAUAAACUACCUAUUAUUGUCAUCAUUAUAAAUAAUAAUGGUAUUUAUGGUGGUCUGGAUAAUGAAACAUUUAGACAAAUACAAGCUUCAGGAGAACCAACACAGGUAAUACCGCCAAAUUCUUUAACAUCAGAAACACAUUAUGAAAAAAUGUUAGAGAUGUUUGGUCACAAAGGUCACUUCUGCACCACUGUACAAGAUAUACAACGUGCACUCAGAAUAUGCCUUCAAGUCAAUGAUUCUCCUAGCAUGAUAAACAUUAUGAUUAAUCCCCAGGCUGAACGUAAACAACAAAAGUUCGAUUGGUUAACAGAAUCAAAACUUUAAUAAUGAAAAGCAGGUAAAGGUAAAAAAAAUAUGAACUUUGUACUUGUUUCUACUCUUUGUAUAAGACAAUUUGUAAAUAUAAAUAUACAAAAUGUUUAUUAAAAAUAAUAAAGAUCACAUAUUAUUUAAA